AGGACAGCUAUUUAGGGUCCUUUGGUUCUGCAACGUCAGGGAUAAGCAUAACCAGCAUCAGCCACCAAAGUUAAAGGAAUCUGGUUACCAGUAAACACUAAAACAACUCAAUUCAUUAAACCGGACAGUAAUGAGAAGCGAACGUGAGCACAAAAAAAAAUUAAAAAAAUUCACCAAUCGAAUGUAGUGCUUUAAAAUAUGGGGUAUUUAUGAAGCUGCUGAGGGCGACAGAGCGUGUGAACGUUGAUCAUGUCGGACGCAGCUAUUGAGGAAGUUUCAGUUUUAUCGUCCAUUUACUGCAGAGACGGAGAGUUCCAAAUUGUUCAACAGUCUGCACAGGAUGGGCUGGUGGUCCAGCUCAACUGCACUGGUGGGAGAGGCGGGAAGCUGAAUGUGAGUUCAGUGUUCCAUCUAGACCCCAGCUACCCUUCCUGUCCUCCUCAUAUUUCUAUCUCCACCACCGGCCUGUCUAAGAUUCAGUGUCACAACAUCAGGCAGAAGCUGAUGACUCGAGCUGCAGAACUUCCCCCAGAACCAAUGCUGCUCCAGCUGGUGGAAUACUUGCAGCAGGAAUGUGUGGAACAGACAGAGGACCAGACAGGAGAACAGGACGGAACAGGGGAAGAGAAAAACAACCAGCAGGAAUGGACAGCGGUUCUGCUGCUUGACCACAUCAGAUCUCGAAACCGAUAUAUUGGACUCCUGGAGCGCUGGAGCCAGCAGCUGCAGCUCACCUGUAGACUUUUACUAGGACGCAAUCCAUUAAUUAUUCUGCUGGGGGAGAGACCCAACAUCAAGGAGUUUUGUCACCGUUUAAAGACUGUUAAGGUGGAUGUGGACUCUUCAGGUAAGAAAUGCAAAGAGAGGAUGAUGAAGGUUCUUGCUGAGACCCCAUAUUCCUCCCUCUGUCAACAUAGUCUGCAGGGAUUCAUAGUGAAGGACUACAAGUCAUUAUCAGAGCUUACUGCUGUCUUUGAGGAGCUGAACCUGGCUGAGCUUUAUCAACAGAUGCUGCCUACAUUAAGCAUGUCCAGUCCAAUGCGUUGAGGAUCUGGAUGACCUCCUCCUGUUUGAGGACAGAGAAAAGGCGGUCCAGGAGGAUUUUGAGCCGGAUCGGGAUGGCUUGGGUGCCGUACAGCAUCAAGCUGCAGAUAUCAAACACUACGUUGGAAUGCACAAUCUCCACCUGGCUACUCUGGAACAUAUGGUGCACCUUCAGCUUGCUCAAGGCUGGAAAAAAUGGACCAGAUUUUAUUAGAUUAGACUGGAUGAAAUGGUUCUGCAAUAAAUACUGUCAUCAAAUAAAAGUAAAGAGAGACAGAGAGUACAUUUUAAGUCUGGAGGUGGGAAAUCAGUUCAUACCAAAACAUAAACUGCCAAAGCAAAAGUAAAUUCAUUGAAUUAAAGAGAGAAACUAAAGGUACACAUUAAAUUUCUACUUUGCCACUGAAUAACUAAGGAAGUUUUUUGUAUAAUUUCCGAACCCCAGUGAAAAAUAAACAUCGAUAACAAGACAAUGUUAAAAUGAUAAUACAGUUUGUUAACAUGAAAAACUGCAUGUUUAAAAACUACAGUUUUUAAAUUUAGUGAUUUGCAUCACUGUACAAAUCAACAAAGCUCCAACAUCCUACAGUGUACUGUGUGAAUCAAGACAGAUAAAUGGUCUCAGCUAUGGGGCCGGCCCCUUACAACUCAGGGGCCUCUCGGGGGAAUUGGAACUGAUUUUCCUUUUUUUUUUGUAGUAAUGAUUUUUUUGUGAUUAUAUUAACAAAAACACACAAUUUCAUUAUAAAAUUGUGGUUUUUUAAAACAAUAAUAUAUAUUUGAUAAUGUAUGUAGAAAUCAUUCUUUAUAUGGACAAAAAGCAAAAGGAAAAUAGAAAUUGCUCUGGACGAAGCAAAGUGUAGCACAAGGGGCUGGUUUUUACCAGGCUACUGUCUUUAUAGUAAGUAGAAACAAUGAAUGAGUGAAUGGAUCUCCCAUAAGGAGGUCUUAAUUUUCUGAAAAUAACAACCACUUCUAAAUGGACCUUCUUUAAUUGUGUCCACAAAAUGAAAGAAUUUUAUACCAGCAUGAAAAACAAGGUUUUUUGUUUUUUGGUUUAUUGUUGAUUUGAAUGCCAGAUCAGGCCGUCUCCUGCUUUUAGUCCUUUUGACUUCAUGUGAUUCUGAACAGCACCAAGCAGUUUCAGGAAAAGAAGACAAGGAUGACACGGAACUGUACUUAGACUGCUGGUCAUUUUAUUUAUUUAUAUUUCUAUGCACUAAAUCAAACUAUAACUGACCCCUCAAAACAAACCAUUCUAACUGAUUCCAUCAUCACAUUAUGUUUAUGACAGUCCAGAAAUACUACAGAAGUCCAUCUAACAUUUAGGUUGAUUGAAAGCUGAUACUUGGAUGCUCUCAUCAAGACAAAAGAUCUUAGUAGAAAAAUAAUCCAUCCAUGUCCAUCGUUUCUCUCUGUACACUGCUCUGCUCUAAGCUCACUGUAAAUGCUAAACAACACAUCUCAUCCAUUCUCAUCAACAAGCCCAAUAGAUUUUUUACUUUUUUCAGAAUCUUUUUAUAGUCAGGCUGUUUGAACCUUAAACCUAUUAAUUUCAUAAUACUAUAUGGUUGGUGAGUUCUGUAGAGUAAUUUUUAAAAAUACAGCAACAUUCAUAUGGUUCUGUCCAGCAUCUAAUGAGAUUACGUCACAUAUAAUAUUAGCACAGUAGACGUAUGGGUUGUCACAUAUUACCAGUAAAAUCCCACAAAUACUUCUCAUAAGUGCCAAACAUGAAGCCCAAAAAUGAUCAGUUCUGAUGUAGUGGAAACUGUGGCUGAACAGUCAAAACAACGAAGGAUUUAAAAAGAAAAAUGCAUUAACAGAAACAAACCCAUGCUUCCACCAACUUUUACUGUCACUUUUGUUUACUUUCCAAUUCUUGCUCAGAGUCAUUAACUAAAUUAUCUACAGUUCUACAUCAUCAUUAUAUUAAAUGUUAAAUUGUAUUCUCAAAGAGUUUGUCCUUUCAUUCAUGUUGGGUUCAUGGUGAAUGUUUCUACCUGCCGAUGUGUUAAGUAAGUCAUUCAAGCUGAUGGCACUU